AUGCUCUCCCUCGAUUUCAAGAGUGCCUUCAACUACACCGACCGAGCACGGCUGCACGAGAUUGUGGCCGACAAGGUCCCUGGCCUCUUGCGCGCCUUUGAACGACACUAUGCUCGACCCACUACCCACUGCAUUGUCGACAAAUUCUUCAAGGUGAUUGACAUUGAUGUUGGCCAAGGCAUUGUGCAGGGCAACGAGCUAUCGCCCUUCUUCUUUGCCCUGUACUCCUGUGAGGUCCUGGGUCUCCUCGACACCACCACUGACUACCGCUGCAAGGUCAUCAAGUACCUCGACGACAUUGUACUGAUGGGUCCCGCGGAGGACGUGGCGGCCGACGUCGAGAUUGUCAAGGCUCGUGCAGAGUCUGCUGGCCUUCAUCUGCAGCCCAGUAAGAGCCGCUUCUACAUGCCUCGCCACCAUUCGGCUUCCAUCGCUGCUAUCGAGUCUGCCUUGCCAGAUGCCGUGCGCGAGACGGCCAACACGGGCAUGACGGUCUUGGGAACGCCGAUUGGCCGUCGCGAGUGGAUGAAGAAGCAGCUGAACGACAAGGCAAAGCACAUUGCUGGCAAGCUCAAUGACAUGCUGACGACCGGUGUCUCGCUUCAGGCCCUCCUCACGGCCAUGCAGUACGUGCCUAGCCUCAUCAACCACCUCUACACGCUGCCCCCAAGUAUUAGAGGCACAAUCUGA